AGAAUAUAAGCGCUUUGGUGGUAUUUUUUGCCCUUUCUACUUUUCCUUUAUUUUCCUUUGUCCCCUUGUUUUCAUCUUCAACUUUUCGGUUCUUUCUUCAAGAAUAGUUAAGUUUCCGGGGUUUAUCUCAGAUGGUGUAGAAAGCAGAAAAUUUAUUCAUUACUGCCUGCGCAAACUCAUGGGAGGAUAGUAUUUUGUAGUACCUAAUACUACUGGUGCAGGUCUAUUUGGUAUCUGGCUGGAAAAAAUGAGGGAGGUCCAGCGUGGUGCACAUACUGUAAGAUCCCAUGGAGUUAUGGUUGCUAAGUCACACAAGUAUGAUUGGCUUACACUGAUGCUUCUUGUAGUGAUAAAGAUCAGUCUAUAUAGCAUUCAUCCAUUUUACCGUUAUGUGGGGAAGGGUAUGAUGACUGGCCUCAAAUAUCCCCUGAAAGAAAAUACUGUGCCUAUAUGGGCUGUGCCUAUGUAUGCAGGUUUGUUGCCCAUCACAAUUUUUCUUGCCUUCUAUUUUCGUAGGAGAGACGUGUAUGAUCUGCAUCAUGGUGUAUUAGGCAUUUUAUUCUCCAUAUUGUUGACGGUGGUUAUCACGGAUGCAAUCAAAGAUGCAGUUGGUAGGCCUCGACCGGAUUUCUUUUGGCGUUGUUUCCCCGAUGGAAAGGAAGUUUAUGAUAAUUUGGGUAAUGUAGUUUGUCAUGGAAAGGCCAGUGUCAUAAAGGAUGGCUACAAAAGCUUCCCUAGUGGUCAUACUUCAUGGUCCUUUGCAGGCUUAGGGUUUUUGUCAUUAUACUUAUCUGGAAAGUUAAAAGCUUUUGAUCGUAGGGGUCAUGUGGCAAAAUUAUGCAUUGUUUCUGUUCCUCUACUUGUGGGAUCUCUGGUUGGCAUUUCUCGAGUGGAUGACUAUCGGCACCAUUGGCAGGAUGUUUUUUCUGGAGGCCUCCUAGGCCUCACAGUGGCAACAUUUUGCUACUUACAGUUCUUCCCACCACCACAUCAUAUGAAUGGUAACAUUCUCACUGUGUUUCCUUUUUCCUGUCAAUUACUAAUGUUGUAGAUUCUAUCCAUAUUAUAGAAAGAAUCCAAUAAUUUUUGCUCUCAUAUAUAUAUAUAUAUAUAUUUUGCUCUUUAUUUUCACUUAGAAAAAUUUUAGGUCUCUUUUUCUCUGUAGAAUGUAGAUGCAUUUCAGUCCCUUUUGUUGGAGCCUAGAUAAACGAUUAUUAACCUGGAAAAUAUAUAUCCAAGUUUCAGUUUGGUGUAGGUAUUUUUUCCAUUCUAAUCUCAGAUGGUUACUGUUGGAAUUGACUUGAUUUAAAACUUAGGAAAGUGAACUCAAUUAGUAGUUCUUCUAUUGUCCUCUGGUGCUUGGCAAAAUGAAACUAUUUGGUCUUUGUGCCAUUUUUCCAACUUUGAUAUUGUAAUAGCAUGAAUUUUCUCCUGAUUUUAUGGCCAAUUUGAAACUAUUUGUUUGUUCUGUUACCUGUUCAACUUUGUUAUUAUGGUAGUAUGAAUUUUCUCUUAAUUUUAGGGACUGCUUUGAUGUGCCAUAUUACUAUAUAGUUGCUUCCUCACAAAUGUCCAUUGCUGCUGAAGUUGGGUCUUUUUUACCUGCACUUCAAUGGAAGCUAUGCUUUUAAAACAGGAUCAGAUGUCAGAUUGCCCUGGCCUUCAUUUGGCAGUUCAAUGAUCUGACUAUCUGGUCAAACAGUCCGGUCAAAGUAAGGUAAUCUAAUAAUUUCCUUACUUAUUAUGUAUGAUAGUAUACAUCAAUGAAUAUUGUGCAAAUGGCUUAUUAUGUUGGAUACAGUUCUGAUUUCAAGCUUGACGUGAUGUGUUCAAGGUUCCUCACUUGCAUGAAUUCAGUAACAUUUUUAAGUAUUUCAUGGCGCCGCAAGCUGGUGAUUGGACUAAAAAAAUGGUCAUUAGUCAUUACCCAGUGGUGGUUGGACUGUCUGGACUCUGGACUAAAUGAUUCAAUUAACUGAACCAGACAGUCUGUUAACUAAUCAAAGGUUCUGAGAGGACCUCAAUUUCUUGGGGUGUUAUAGCCUUUUAAUGUUUAUGCCCAUGGGUCGAUGUUGUAAACUGUCUCUAAAAACAUUGGGAAGAAGCACCUUAUUUGUUGAUUUUGGGGAGAAAUCACUGGGGAAGAUGAUACAUUGAUGUAUAAUGUUUCAUAAUUCCAACUAGAAAAGGAAAAA